GCACACACCGUCCUACGCUCUCGCGCUUACCACAUCAAGCUCAAGCUUUUUCGCACGCGUCGUGAGUCCCCCUAAGUGUUUGUGACUUAUCUUAAGUCAGUUCGUGCUAUUAAUUCUAAUUCGAUCGUGCUUCAUGGCGAUGACACUCGGGCAUCAAAGCAACAUGUACAACAUUUUCGCCACUCAUCAGCAGCACACCCCAUCACCGGGCAACUGCGUGAUUGUCUCCGGCAGUCAACCACAUUUGACCAACACCAAGUCGGUGAUUCAAGGAAAACGUCCGCUUGCACCCGCUCCGGAACGUUCAUCGGUUUUAGUGAAUAGCAACGGUGAUCAUUUGCGUUGCAAGCGCAAAAUUCAAUUCAUCCCUCAUGUGGGAGCUCCACAACAACCCGCCUCGGUAGCGAGGAGGAACGCCCGCGAACGUAAUCGUGUGAAACAAGUGAACAACGGAUUCGCCACUCUUAGGCAACAUAUUCCCGAAACCGUCUGCGCAACCCUUAGCCCACAGGGUGGUGCUGCAGGUCGUGGAGCCAAAAAACUCUCAAAAGUUGAUACGCUACGCAUGGCUGUCGAAUAUAUCCGCAGUCUACAGAGGACCAUCGAAGAUCACGAUAUGGAACUUGCAUCUAAUGCGGGUAGUGAUAACAAUCACGCUGAUAACAGCAGUUACUACUCGAUGAGUCCAAACGGAAUGAACAACAGCCAGUUUUCUUACCCGAUUUUGUUACCGACACCGUCCUGCAGCGAAGCAUCGACAUCUCCCACACCGUCGCAAACUUCCGAAAGCUUCACCAAUCACUCGGUGCACAGCUUCAACAAUUCGCAAGAUUACGCCAACGAAAACUAUGAUCCUAACAAUGCUGACGAUGAGGAACUCCUCGAUGUGAUCUUCAGUUGGCAAAACGAAUAAGAAUCUCAAAUGAUACAACAACCAGAAUCUCAUCAUUGAAUCUCCACUGAAAACGUACAAAGUGCCUUUACGAUUGUUAAAUUGUUAUGAAUCUAGUCAACUGUUUAUUGUGUAAAUAUCGUGUAAAUAUUGUUACUGAUUAGUGUUUAAAAAUGCAACUUCCUCACGCGUUUUGCGUUCUUUGAAGAAUAUAAACCUAUUUUUGCUAAAAAUCAAAACUUUUCUUACUUAUUUUUUUAUGUUCUCGUACUGAUAUAGUUCGUUUUACUGCUAUACCUACUCUUAAGAUUACUUAGUCUUAAGUCUGUCUUUUAAGUCUUAACUUUGACUCGUACUUAUAAUUUUAUUCGAAUUGUAAAUAAACAACGCCGAUCUAGAUGAUCGAAAUAAACAAAAUCAUAAAAAUUA